AUGGCUCUGAUAAAUGAAAAAUACGAAUGCUCAAAGGAGUUUGAGUUUUUGACGAAAGAUCCAUCUGAAAAGCACGAUGCCUACAUGGAAGGUAAACCAUGUGCACUGGAGAUAAUGAAGGGAGAGUGUCCAUCAGAUCGUGCUACAUUCCUCGAAGAAAAUUAUAGUCAAAUGAUAAAAUUGUUGACUGAAAAACCGAAUGACAACAUCACAUGCACUGCUCCAUACUUCCAAUUGGAGGCAAUUGAAUGCAAUGCUCACAAACAUGCUCUUCAAUUAGAGAUGCAGGAUCAAACUGGAGUGAAAGAGACACAUGAUGGAGCAGUGAAGGUGUUAAAGAUGUGUAAAGAUGCACAGGCUUGCAUCAAAAACGCGUGCAAAUUCACUUCCAUCGAACGAGACGAAAUCAAGAACAGCUGCGACGUGCUCGAACUCACCACAUCUGACUUCACGGUUUGUAUGAACAAAAUCAACAAAGAGAAGCCGGACCUCUCGAAAUACGAAUGCCUCAAUGAUCAUGAUUUUUAUAGCAAAGAUUCCACUGUGAUUUGUGAGAGAUGGAAGAAUAAGAGGGAGUGUAUGAGACAAGUGACGGAGGAUAUUUGUGGAAAGGAUGUGAUGAAGAAUGAUGAGAAAACGUUGAAAAGCUUUUUGAAUAAUUUGAAAUGUGACGAAUGA